AAGUUCUUAGCAGAACAAGGCAAAACUUAGCAUCCAUCAAUGGAUACUUUUGAUCUCUCCACUACUGUCUUAGUUGUUUCCUCUCUCAUCCUUACUGCUAUUCUCUACCAAAACUAUCCUUCUAAAAAUACCAAACUUCCCCCAGGUAGUUUCGGAUGGCCCGUAAUAGGCGAAACCGUAGAGUUCUUGUUUAGAAACCCUGAAAAAUUUGUUAGUGAUAGAAUGAAGAAAUACUCUCCUGAUAUCUUCAAAACUAAAAUAAUGGGAGAGAAAACAGUUGUAAUUUGUGGCCCUAACGGCCACAAAUUUCUCUUCUCGAACGAAGAGAAACUCUUUACUCCAUUUCGUACUUAUUCUAUGCAGAGAAUCUUUCGUUCUUACCAAUCAAAACAGUCUCCUCGUCGUUCUUCUCCUUCUCCUUCUUCUCAAUCCACUGGGGUUAUUCGCCAGCCAGGGUUUUUAAAACCCGAGGCGCUAGCCCGUUACUUGGAAAAAAUGGAUUUUAUAACAAAAGAGCUUUUGCAAUUUCACUGGGAAGGCAAAAGUGAGAUUAAAACCUAUCCUUUUGCUAAAAUUUUGACAUUAACACUUGCUUGUCGUUUCUUUCUUGGGAGUUCGGAGAGGAUAGUGAAGCUCGUAAAUUAUUUCGAUGAUAUUACAUUAGGGUUACACACGAUGAUUUUGAACGUUCCGGGGACAGCUUUUUAUCGCGCGAAUAAGGCGGCGAUAGCCAUUAGAAGGGAGCUUAUAGGUGUGAUAAAGGAGAAGAAAGAGGAUAUGGCUAAUGGAGUGAAAAUGCAAGACAUAUUGUGUCAUAUGAUAGUUGUUAAGGAUAGCGAUGGAAAGUUGAUGGGUGAGAAUGAAAUUGCUGAUAAAAUUAUGGGGCUUUUAGUUGCGGGCUAUAGCACUGUUGCAACAACCAUAACAUUCCUCAUGAAAUAUGUUGGAGAGAGAUCUGAUAUCUAUGAAAAGAUCCUCACCGAGCAAAAGGAGAUUGCUGCGGCGAAGAAGGCAGGAGAACUGUUAGAAUGGGAGGACAUGCAGAAAAUGAAGUACUCAUGGAAUGUGGUAUGUGAAACGAUGAGGCUUACUCCACCACUUCAAGGGACUUUUAGAGAAGUGCUCAGAGACUUCACCUAUGCUGGUUACACCAUCCCCAAGGGUUGGAAGGUUUAUUGGACAACAAGCAGCACAAAUAAAAGUCCAGCUUACUUUCAAGAACCUGAAGUGUUUGAUCCAUCAAGAUACGAGAAAGGCGAUGGGCCAACUCCAUACACCUACGUGCCAUUUGGUGGUGGACCAAGAAUGUGCCCUGGCAAAGAGUAUGCUCGCCUUGUAGUUUUAACUUUUCUUCACAAUGUUGUAACCAAAUACAAGUGGGAGUUAUUAGUUCCCAAUGAGAAGAUUGUUGGUGACAUGAUGCCAACACCAGAAAAUGGACUUCCUAUUCGUCUUCACCAGCAGUGAUCAGAAGUUAUGUUACUCGGGCUUUGCAGAAAAUAUUAAAGAUAUAUGUCAGAUUCUUCAAAAACUAUGAUUUUUGAAGAGUCUGAACAACAUAAUUAAAAGUCAUUAAAAUAUAUACUAGAACUUUAAUUUCUAUAUAUCCGAAGAGUUCAAUGAAUGUUGCAGGAUCUUCAUUUUUCUUGGUUUUAGUGCUUACCUUGUUUCAAAGUUGUAAGUUCCCUACGAAUUUGUUAGUGAAUUUUUAGAAAAAGGGGUUAUGCUUCUCAUCAAAA